AUGGAUCGCCGAUCGCCACGAUCGUCGCUGGCGGGCUCCCCGAGGUCGACGACGAGCACCCGGACGUCGCGGUCGACGGCGUCGAGGCCGGGUUGGGGUACCAACCACGGCAGGAGGGACUCCAGCAGGGAGGGCGCGCGGCCCGACAGCUCGUGCUCCAACCGGUCAUUCCGCCACUUGAAGAGCUUCGACCGCCGUGUGAAGACCGCGUACCACGCAGAGCGUCCCAGAGCGAGUGUUCCCAGGUUCAUGCAGCACACUACUGCAUCCCUCCUGAAACGAGAUUCAUUCAAAGACAAGCCAGAUGCAGAUGCAGGGGAGGGCGAUAUCAGCAAGUGGCCAAAGUACACACUUCGGAGGAGGCCCCUUCGUGGCUUUGUGCGGAUUAGAGAUGGAAAGAAACUCGUGCGGAGGAGCUUGGAGGCGCAGCGGCGCAGGAUUCGAGCAAGGAAGGUCAGGAAGGGCAUCAAGGUCGCACCACGUGCUGUCGCUUCCUGCACUUUGCUGCCUCAUAGACGAAGGUGUAGCAGCACAAGGGUUCCAAACUUGCCUGCUUCGCCAUACAGGGUGCGUGCUCGUCGGCUGUCCAAAUCACCAGUGGCAAGCCAUGACGCCCACGCUGUGCGACAAGUUAUGACAAGCAGAUCAGACAAGGGCGCUCUGAAGAACCAUCGAUCUCGUCCCCACAGUGCCCUGGGUGCUCCUGUGAGGGAAAGGCAGCAAGGCGAGGUAGUGGGAGCCACGCGUUUGCUCUCAGCACACUCGCCAUCUAAGCGCCUGUCGGCCGCCUCCGGUGUGGGUGUCCAAAACUUAAGGAGGUGCCCAAGCCCUAUGGUUCUUUCCCGCCCACAAGACAAGUCUAGGUGGCCCAUUGACGACAAGACACUCCUGAAUGUGCAGCGCUCCCUGGUGCCUAGCACACCUGAACCUGAGUUGCCAAUGGCAGUGCCAAGAAGCGCUCAAGAGAGUCCUGAUGUGGACGGCAUGGAUCCCCAGGGUUGGCUUGUACUUGGUGCCCAUAAGAAUCUAGUACCACCAGGAACUAUGUGCACAAACAACCCCAACGAGACAUCUGAGGCAGUGAAAACGACCAAUAUUGAUUUGAACGAGGCAGUUGUGGGCACUGAACAGGAGAAUAAUCAUGCUGUGGCCAUUGCUGCAAAUAUCAUCCAGAUGGAUGUAGAAUCACCUCAUCCUAAGCAGCUGGGUUCACAAGAUCAUGACAUUGAUCUUGCUGAUGCUGGUUGCCCCAAAGCAGCCUUCGAUCAAAGGCCCUCAAGAGGAGUGAAUGCGCCAUGCCAGGCCAAGGGACACCCAGCUGUCGAUUGGGAGGAUGGCAGGUGCAUCUCAAAAAGUACAACAAAAUGUGUGCAGGAAGCAGCAGAGGCUGUCAUACUGCAGGGAGUUGAGUACAAUGCAGCAGGGAAAGGUCGUGAUGUGGGGGUGCAAGGCACUGGAGAACAUGGACAUGGGGAGGUGGAGGCAAGCAGUGAAGGAGAAGGCAUGGAAAGUAGCAAAAUGGCCACAAUGGAACCUGGUAGAAGCAGGAAUCAGGAGCUGGAGGAUACAGACUCUAUUCCACCAGUGCCUGUCAGUGUUGGUCUCUGCGAGAGAACCCCUCCUGAUGCCAAAGGAGCAGGGCUCGAUGUCAGGAGCAGUCGCCCUCGCACGAUGAGGCUGCAGCUCAAGCACCGAGCAAAGCCUGAAACCCCAGUCCCGGAACUAGCCAACGUGGGCAAGGACCCAGGGGAAGGCCCACCCAAAGAUGCGAUUGCCCAGAUUGUCCCCAGGGGGGUGAGGCCUGGGGAAAGGUGCCUGAAGGUACGUGAGGCCUCUGGCUGCAAGCACUGGGCCAUCACGGCUGGCAUCCUGGCUGUGGUGGCCUUUAUUUUUGGACAGGCCGAUGAAGAUGAAGAUGUUAUGGAGGAGGAAGUGCACAUUGGAAGGGGAUGGAUCGACGACGGCGGCUGCACACGGUUGCAAGAUUGGAUGUGGCACUCAGCGUGA